AUGUCAGACCAUGGCCGUCCAAGGCCAUCUCCGAACGGCCAUGUUGCCGCUCGCUCAGCACGACAGCCAGCCCAGAAGCAGAAGCAUUUUCAUUCCCUCGGUCCCAUCAGCGUGGCAGACGUGCCUCCGCGAUCCGCUUCAGCGGGGAUCGGUCUGUCUUACGGCUCUUGGCGUCUUGGCCGAACAAUCCGCAGAACACUCCAGCUUCUCACAGGCAUGAUCCCAAUUCUUGGAGGGAGAUUGCCCCUCUUCGAUCAGGACGUCCAGGAACGGGUCGGCGGGGACUUCAGCCUCUAG